AUGACUAAAAAGAACGUUAAGCUCGCUUAUAUCACUAACGACUCUGCAAGAAAAGCCAUGUUCAAACAAAGAAAUAAGGGAUUGAUGAAAAAAGUGAGUGAACUCAGCACUCUCUUCGAUGUCAAAGCCUGUGCAAUAAUUUACAGCCCCUAUGACUCAAAACAAGAGGUUUGGCCUUCCCCUUUCGGGGCCCAAUGCGUACUUUCUGAUUUUAAGAGGUUGCCCGAGAUGGAGCAAAGCAAGAAAAUGGUGAAUCAAGAGAGUUUCUUGUGCCAAAAGAUCGCUAAGGCAACUGAUCAACUGAAGAAACAGUGCAAGGACAAUCGCGAGAAAGAGAUCACGUAUAUCAUAUUCCAAAGUCUUAUCGGGAAGCCCCUCCACCAACUCAACCUUAUUAAUCUCAAAAAUUUGGGUUGGCUCAUUGAACAAUACUUCAAAGAAAUCCAAAAGAGUAUUGGAACACUCUGGAAGUCACCUCAGCCUCAGGAGGCCACAGACGCAGGAGUGAUGAAGGGUCCUAAGGAGACAUUCACUAAGAUCACGGAGGAUCAUCCGGUGCAGAUGUUGCAGCAGCUAUAG